UGAAAAAUCAAAGUUACGAAAACCUGUGCAAUUUUUUCGAUUCACCCACAAUUAGGCCAAGUUUAAUUAGAAUUGCGCCCGAUUAUUCGAUCCCACAGCCAUGGGAAACACGGUGUCAGCGGCAGAAAAGGUUGCUUCCAACAUCGUGCCCAGCACGCUGACGAAGGGUGAAGAAUCAACGCUACCAAAAGGACAUCCGCCUCUCGGCGAUAAAUCAGCUAUGGGCGGUAAUCCACCACCUGAAUGUCCGAUGCACCAAAAACAGCAACCCAAAGAACAACCAGUGCUGGUAUCGGAAUGCCCAGUCAAGCACGAUGGAGCUGAUGUAAAUCCGCUCAAUAUGAUGCCACCAGCGAAUCAAAACCCAGCUCCUGGACAACCGUUCCCACUUCCUACGGACCGUCAAACUUCGUCUAUUCCAAAGGCGACCGCCGACGGAAAGCAGGAGUUCUGGUUGUAUCCAAGCCAGCAAAUGUUCUGGAACGCAAUGCUGCGCAAAGGAUGGCGCUGGGAGAAAGACGAUCUCGCACCGAAAGAUAUGGAUGACAUUAUAAAGAUUCACAAUGCCAACAAUGAACAGGCUUGGCAGGAGGUACUUAAAUGGGAAGCGCUGCAUGCUCGCGAAUGUGGCAACCCACGAUUGAAGAGCUUCGGCGGAAAGGCAACAGAUUUCAGCCCACGGGCGAAAAUUCGCAACAUGAUGGGAUACGAGCUGCCUUUCGAUCGACACGAUUGGAUCAUUGAUCGUUGUGGCAAGGAUGUGCGCUACGUUAUCGACUACUACGACGGUGGAAUGGUUGACGAGAAGUACAAAUUUGCACUGCUGGACGUCAGACCCGCUAUGGACUCGUUUGAAAACGUUUGGGACCGUAUGAAGGUAGCGUACAUGCGAUGGAAGUUCGAGCUGGAGGAUAAGUUAAAAGAGUUGACAAAUUAAGCACACUGCAAUUGAUCAUAAGAACGAUGUAGAGCCUACAGCUUACCGAUAACAUAUAUCGCAAAUUCGGGUUAGAAAUUACCGAACAAUUCGUGAAGAAGAAUAUUUAAAUUAAAUAGAUUUAUUGCACGCAGUAAUAGCGAAGUAAUGAUUAUGAUUGAAACAGUUGCGUAGAGAAUAUAACAUAUUCUCGAAAUAAAUUCAAAUCGUCAUUUUUU